UCGGAAACCUCGCACAACAGGGAAAGAUCUUACACAACGUAUUCCGCGCACAGAACCAAGAUCUGCUGUCGGGACCUGGAAGAGGGUCGACUCUGCAACGUUCUAACCCCUUUCAUGCGAACCAAAAGGGGCCUUAAUAUAUCGAUUCCUCUCCUGGAAAUCCCAGUUCCAUUUUGUUUUCGUUUUUGGUUGAAUUAUCAGCUCUCUUAUAUUUUUCCCAAUCUCCGAUUGAUUGCUUUAGCUCCGGUUUGCGUUUGACUGAUGCAAGUGUGAGAAGGAUAGUAACAGGAUUCGGUCAAGUAGUGGUGAGUAUUAUAGUGAGUGAAAGAUGAUGAAUGGGCAUUCGUAGACCCAGAAGUGGUAUUUAUUUGGGCUGAAAGAGUUGUGGCUGAUCAAUUUGCGUGAGCUACUGGCGGGUUACUGCUGGAGGCUUUUAGGAGAAGGGUAUGGAAAAUGGUUAUGAUGCGAAGUUGGCCGAGAAAUUCUCAGGCCUGGGUGUUAAUCAGCAUAUUCAGCAACAUGAUCAACCGCGGGAUCAGAUUAGCCCCACUUCUAGCAACAACGACAGCUUGUAUCAAGUCAUGAAGGCCGUUGAAGCGGCGGAGGCCACCAUUAAGCAGCAGGUGGAAGAGAAUAACCGGCUUAAGUCUGAGCUUCAAAGAAAAAUGCAGGAACUUGAAAAAUAUAAGCAAGAUGAGUCAACGGAUCGAGGACCUCGAUCUGUUGCCCCAUGGGAUGAGCAGAGUCCAGGAUCUUAUGAAGCUCGUCAGUCAUUUGUGCCAUUAGGAAAUCAAGAUCUACUUAAGGCCAGAGGCAAUGCAGAAAUUCAUUAUGAAAACAGUAAAUCAAAUGGGACAUUCAGAGUCCACCCAAAUGAACAGCUAUAUGCUGAUAAUAAUGGCCCCUCUCUGUCGUCUCCGUUAUCUGCAAGGUCAAUCUCUCCGAGUAGGCAUAAAAUAGAAGGGGACUAUGAUUCACGAAUUAAUUCUUCUGGACAAGGGUUGAUGCCAAUGGCUGAAAUGAAUAAUCCUAAUACCCUAUGGAAGCAGGAUAUUGCCAUAAAGAUUCGUGAACAUGAAGAAGAGAUCAUGCAAUUAAGGAAACAUCUUGCAGACUAUUCCAUAAAGGAAGCACAGAUACGCAAUGAAAAGUAUGUUUUGGAAAAGCGCAUUGCAUAUAUGCGCCUGGCCUUUGAUCAGCAGCAACAAGAUCUAGUAGAUGCGGCAUCAAAAGCUUUAUCAUACAGACAGGACAUAAUUGAAGAAAAUAUUCGUCUUACAUAUGCGCUGCAGGAUGCACAUCAAGAAAGAUCAACAUUUGUUUCGUCCUUGCUGCCUCUUCUGGCUGAAUACUCCCUUCAGCCCCCUGUUCCUGAUGCCCAAUCAAUUGUUAGCAAUGUCAAGGUUCUGUUUAAACAUUUACAGGAAAAACUUCUUCUCACUGAGUCAAAGCUAAAAGAGUCACAAUAUCAACUAGUGCCUUUGCGUUCUGAUAUGAGCCAAUCAAAUUUUGCUUCACAGUCCCCAUCUCAUUCGGUUGGUGCAGCAUUGGCAACUUCAAAUAAAGAUGGACUUGAACUGGUUCCGCAGCCCAUGUAUUCCCAAGUGACGCCUCCGGUCUCUGUUGAUGGUCAGACUGGAGCUGAUUGGGAUAUAUUGGGUCGCCAUCAGAGUGGCUUGGGUGGCAUGGCGAAGAAUAUGGAUGCUGAUGUAUUAGGGAGAUAUUCACCUCUUGCUAGCAGGACAUCUAGCCAUGAUGCUCCUACCCAGCUUGGAGUUACUCAAGGUGGUGCUCAUCCUACACAUUAUGGAGAGGAAACAACUAACAAACAGGUUACAUUUCGUGAUCCUGUGAGUAAUAGUGAAGUGGAUGAUACUGAUGGGGGUGGAAAUCAGAAUGAGAGAGAAACUUCUGCUAACUGGAGUUCAGGCAACUCUCCUUAUACAGCUGCUGCUGACAAUCCCAGUUCCUCUUAUUCUCCUUAUCAUCUACCACCAGUCCUUGAAGAACCUUCCUCGUCAUUUUCUGAGGCUGCAGAUGAUGAUCCGCUACCAGCUAUAGAUGGUCUUCAAAUUUCAGGAGAAGCCUUUCCAGGAAGGGAACUUCAGGCAUGCGGAUUUUCUAUCAAUGGCACCACUAGUUGUAACUUUGAGUGGAUAAGGCAUAUGGAAGAUGGAUCUGUUAAUUAUAUUGAUGGGGCAAAGCAACCCAACUAUCUUGUCACUGCUGACGAUGUUGACACCUACCUUGCCAUUGAAGUUCAGCCUCUGGACAACAGAAAGCGCAAGGGAGAACCUGUGAAGGUUUUUGCUAAUGAUACAAAAAAGAUCACUUGUGACCCUGAAAUGCAGAACUGCAUUGAGACGACCCUUUAUAGUGGACUGGCGUCAUAUAAAGUUUCUCUUGCGACUGGAUAUCUGGAUAUAUGGGAACCAGCUACUCUGACCAUUAAGAGGGAAGGGUACAGUAUCAAAUGCAGUGGACCAAGUGGAGCUGUAGCUGCAGAAAAAUUCUCUUCAUCUAUCAGAGUUGUCAUUCCUUAUGGACAUGUUUCAGCAUUUGCAAUCAUUGGUUCUAGUGGCGUUGAGCAUCUAUUACGGGCUGAAAACAGCCCAACAGAUGUCAGUGGUUGGAGAGACACUAUUGUGCUCACCUUGAGAUUGUUCAUCCUACGGGUACAUGCUGGGGAGAAAAGGAGGGGAAAGAAGAAGGGUUUAUUCUUUAACAAGUAAGGGAAAACCAACUGCUUUGUACACAGUUUCAGGUGUCGGGGGAAUAAUAUAGGAAGGAUGGGCACAGGAAGUAGUGGAUUUUGUUUGCAAUCUAAAUUAUUGCCUUUUCCUUUGUAUUAUUUUAAAGGGUAGGCUUCAGCUUGAAAUGUAAUCUUCUGUGUGCAGUUACACCAUUUGCCAUAUUUUCCAGUUUUUUCCCCCCUCAUCUUGUAAAUCAAUUUUUUGCUUUGCGUUCUGGUACUGUCAUUGGUUUGUGCAUAUCUUUGUGCGCAUAAGCCUUGUUGGAUCCUUUAAAUUAAUUUUCAAUUUUGAUGAUCUAUCCAAUUCUUGGGACUCA